AUGGAGGCUCUGAGACCCCGUGGUGGUGGUAUAUCACACGCGUCACCCCCCGGAGUGGGCAACGUGGCCUCCCAAUUCGCGGAAACACAAGAUAUGCCAGUCACCCCAACGCCAACCCGCUGGCGAUCUGGGAACGCGAUGCAACCUGGAAUUAAUGAAGGCAGCAUGGAGA